GCGGUUACGUGCUGCCAUGGCAGCGUGACUAAGGGAUGUUGGACUGCCAGGCAGGACUAGAGGUUGAGCCGGUGCGCACGAGCAUGCGCCAGGGGAUGACGGCGGCGAAGAUUGCAGAGCACGUUGCGCUUAUUACACGCGAUCCCAUCGGGUCUUUUGCACCACCAUCCGCUGAUGUCAUUUUUGAGAGACAUGCUUGCAUUUUUCGUCCGUACCCCAGGGACGAUGACUCGGAUGAGGAGCCCACACCCGAGGGAGUAGAUGACCCUGCUGCCCUACCCAUCCCGAGCAAGAUCGACGAGACGCAUGAGGAGGCCAAUGAUGCCGAGGAGGAGGGGGAUGUGGCAGCAGCAACGCAGGAGGCACCAGCAGUCUCGACAGCGAGGGAGGAGGUGCCAGCACAGGCGACGGUUGAGGAGGAGGUAGCGGCAGCGAGGCCGCAGGAGGCCGUUCCUAUGGAUCAUGACGGUGUGGACACCGAUGAGCAGCUUAUGCGGCGCUUCAUCAAGGAGGAGGUCGAUCCAGUCGUGGGGGGUUUGACCCCGGGGGCGGCGAUGGAGGUGGGGAUUUCUGGUCCCACAGGGGGGGCGGGGUCAGAGAUGGGGACGCACUUCGACUUCGACUUGUCGAUGGGCCCUCCACCUACUUGCGGCGGGGCGACAUCGACAGUUGCAGCAGAGGCGGACGAUGAGGCUAUACAGGGUGGGCCAGAGGCAGUGGAUGUUCCUGUGGAUCGUCGGCCACAAGCGGCGGAUGAGGCUGUGCAGGCAGGACAGCGGCGAGAUGAGGGGGCUAUAGACACACAGGCCGUGGUUCAGGAGGCAGCGAUGGGUCCAGUCGUUCCUUUCUCAGGCCUGCACUUGGCUCAGGGCCAGCAGUCGCAGCCGGUUGAGGUGGCAGUGCAUGGUGUGCCACCGCCCGUUAUCACGGAUAUGGGGUCCGAGCCGGUGGUGGUGCCUCCACGUGCUCCUAGUCACUUCGCUCCGCAGGAGGUCCGUCGUCCUUUGGAUGCAGAUGAGUUGGCGAGAGAUGCUGUGCGUGAUGUUACUCGAUUGGACCAACGGAUCUUCGAUUGGAGGCUCGAGCAUCCAGCAUGGCAGGCGAUCCCUUCGAUUCCAUGGGGUCUUGCGUCGCCCGUGUGGUCUGGUUCUACCUCCACCGGAGGACGUACUGCGGGAGAUGUUCCAGGGUGUGAUGCAUGCCCAUUGCCUACGGUCAUAUCUGACUCUUCCAUGGCACCCGCCUCUCCCCCCUCCUCCUCCUCCUCCUCCUCCUCCUCUCCUUGUGUGAAGCCUGCAGAGAGCAAAAUGUGUGAUGUGGUGAGCAACGGGACGAGCGCCAACGGGAUGAGCGCCAACGGAAUGAGUGCCAACGGAUUGAGCGCCAACGGAAUGAGUGCCAACGGAUUGAGCGCCAACGGGAUGAACGCCAAGGGGAUGAGCGCGAAGGGAAUGAGCCUGACAGCUCCUACUCCGUCCGAUUUCCAGUCUCGUUAUGCUGAUGACGAGCCACGUAUGGGCUGCGAUAUUCUGAUCGAGGCCUUAGAAAGGGAGGGCGUGCACCAUGUGUUUGCGUAUCCGGGCGGCUCUUCGAUCGAGAUUCAUCAAGCUCUGACCCGCUCGAAGUCGAUCAAGAACGUUCUUUGUCGUCAUGAGCAAGGGGAGGUGUUUGCCGCUGAGGGCUAUGCAAAAGCCUCAGGUCGGGUUGGUGUGUGCAUCGCGACAUCGGGACCAGGUGCGACGAAUCUCGUCACCGGACUGGCCGAUGCCAUGAUGGACAGCGUCCCGCUCGUCGCGAUCACCGGCCAAGUUCCGCGCCGCAUGAUCGGGACCAACGCKUUCCAGGAGACCGCYAUCGUGGAYGUCACGAGAUCCAUCACCAAGCACAAUUGCCURGUAAUGAACGUGGACGAUAUUCCAAGGGUGAUUAGGGAGGCGUUCUUCUUGGCGGGCUCAGGAAGGCCGGGACCGGUGCUGGUUGACAUUCCCAAGGACAUUCAGCAAGCGAUGAGCGUUCCUGACUGGUCGCAGAGGAUGCGGUUGGAUAAGUUCUUGGAGCGGCUGCCAUGUGGUAUGCCGUCCGAAGAUCAACUCGAUCGGAUCUUGCGGCUGCUGCAGAGUUCGAAGAGGCCUGUGCUCUUGGUGGGCGGAGGGUGUAUGAAUGCGUCUGAGGAACUUAGAGAGUUCGUGGCAAGGACGGGAGUGCCCCUAACACACACGUUGAUGGGUCAUGGCGUGCUUCCUUCCACGAGUCCCCUCUGUCUGCAGAUGCUUGGGAUGCACGGAACCGUGUGGGCGAAUUACGCAGUUCAGGAGAGCGAUCUCCUCUUGACUUUUGGCGCGAGGUUCGAUGAUCGGGCGACCGGCAAGGCGGAGCUGUUUGCCGCCAGGGCCACGAUCGUCCACGUGGACAUCGAUCCAGCCGAGCUGGGCAAGAUCAAGACGCCUCAUCUCGCAGUACUGGCCGACGUCAAGGCAGCUCUGGGCGAGCUGAACAGGAUUCUUCGCUCCCGCAUGCCCAGAUUUGACUUCACGUCGUGGGUCAACGAGUUGGAGCAUCAGAAGCAGCGGUAUCCGUUGACGUAUCCACAGAACAAGGAGGGAGGAGCGGAGGGGGAGGACGGAGAAGAGGAAGCCAUAGCUCCCCAGCAUGCCAUAGCUAUGCUGCGAAAGCUGACCAAAGGACACGUCGUCAUCUCCACGGGAGUGGGUCAGCAUCAGAUGUGGACGGCACAGUUCUUUGGAUUUGACAAUCCAAGAAGGUUACUCACGUCGGGAGGGCUGGGAACGAUGGGGUUCGGCCUGCCAGCUGCGAUAGGCGCGGCUGUUGCGUCGCCUGGCUUGCCUGUGAUUGACAUCGACGGAGAUGGCAGCUUCAUGAUGAACGUUCAGGAGCUGGCCACGAUCAARGUGGAGAAACUUCCGGUGAAGAUUAUGAUUCUGAACAAUCAGCACCUCGGCAUGGUCAGGCAGUGGGAGGAUCGGUUCUACAAGGGCAAUCAUGCGCACACCUAUUUGGGGGAGGACGUGGAUUCCGAAGGAGGGAUCUUCCCAGAUUUCCGCAAGUUUGCAGAGGGCUGCAAGAUCCCCUGUGCACGCGUGACGAAGAAGAGCGACCUGAACGAUGCGCUGUAUGCGAUGCUGGACACGACAGGUCCAUACCUGUUGGAUGUGAUCGUUUCGCGCAAGGAGCACGUGCUGCCGAUGAUUCCAGGAGGAGGCUCGUUCGAAGAUACCAUACUAGGAGAUGAUGGAGCCAAGCCGGUGCCUCGCUCGUGGGAGGAGACUUGCUGAAGUUACAGGCCUAUCUCUCGCCUCUAUAUGCCUGAUAGCGUAGAUGGGAAUGUGAACAGCGUCUCAGGAUUGGAGUGGAGAUCU